AUGAAGACUGACGAAGAACUGUCCAGACCGCUAGUUUUCUAUGUCGGCACCAUCCCAUUUGUCUCACUGAUGUACAUUGUCGCACACUUGGCGGCUUUACAAUUUAACGGCUUGCCUUCACCACCGUACCCUCAGAACGGCAGAUACUCAUUGCCAAAGUCGAAUGCACGGCCUUACGACGCAGACUAUGCUGUCACGCGCUCUUUCUUCAUACUUGGCGUCACGGUUCUUUAUACGCUCGCAUGGCUAGGCCAAUCAAUCCUCUGCACAUCUUGUGAGCUGGCUCCAAUUCUGCAGGGCAAUCAAGGGAUCGUUCCGAAAUGGUGCCCACAAUCAAAUUUUCGAGACUCCGGCCAACCAGGGCUCGCCAGCAUGUUAGGUACGUUGGCGCCGGUGAAAGAUUUCUUGCAGUGGGUCAUGGUUGUAUUGGCCAUAGCCUUGAUUGAAUGCGCAAGGCGCGAAUAUGUCCGGGCCGAAGUGGUGCGACGACAACAAGUGAGGAUGAUGGGUGCGGGUGUGGACUUUGGAGGCCCGAGCCAAGGCACAAACGCCGUUGUCCCGUCAAAAAUCCCAGGAGUCGAGCUCAACGAUAUCAGUGGGCCGAAACUUGUCUUCAGAGCGGAGGAGGAAGCUCGACGGAGGAAGGAAGAAGAGGAGGAGAAAAAGCGACAGGAGGAGGAGAAGAGGAAGAAGCAGUUGGUGACGGGAGGAAGCUCGCUUCCACCUCAGCCGACGGGACUGGGAGCGCCCGGGAACAAGGACAAUUACUACGGCAAUGGGAUGGGGCUGAAGAGGACCGGCACAUUGAAUUACAUGUACGAGUCCAAGGUAGUUACAGGGCCAGGAGCUGUUGCCACGGGACCUGCCCCACCACUUCCUGCUCAAAUAAUCGCAUCGAAGCGGCCGACUCAGCCUAUGGCACCGCCCGCCCCGGGAAACACAGACAACUACUACGGAAAUGCGAUGGGCUUGAAAAGAAGCGGCACCUUGAACUAUAUGUACGAGUCCAGGAUAUGA